GUCGGCGGCAAGCGAUGAGAAUAGGUAUAUGAUAAUGGCUUUAAUCACACCGUCCUUGGAUAUCCUUGGUAUAGGAAAAAUCGGUUCAUAAAGUUGUGGGCCUUUGAGGACUCAGAGAAAACACGUUUGGUUUCAUCCGUAUCACCCACAACCGGGUCCCUUGAGAGCCAGGGUCCCUUGAGUCAUUAAGGAUGUCGCCAUGUCGCACAAAUCCUUUGAUGAAAGGCUAUCCUAUCAUGUUCGUCGCUUUCAAGGCAAACAACCACGGAAUGUCUUGAAACGGUACGAGCAGCGCCUUCAUGUGGCACUGAAAUCCGAUGAGCUGCAGAAGUAUGCAUUUCAUGUGGCCGCUUGGGUUGCAGAGCUUCCAGCUGAGCAGAUGUGUCUUCAGUAUGAUGGGCUGUCUGCCGUGUCACUUUUGCAGCAGUACGUACGAUCCUUUAAGCAGGCGAAACCUUUGUGUGAACAUUUGACAAAGGUUCUAACCAGGGUUUCUGAGCGACUCAACACAGAUUCAGAGCUUGGGAUGCAAUGGGCAGGCCUUCUGCAGGAUCUCCAACAUUUCGUGCCAGAGGCAAUAUCAGCCAAAUCUACAAAAGCAGCCAGGCUGAUGAAUAAGGCACUACUUGUUUGGAGAAACACUACUUGUGAGACGGACCAAGAGGCAUAUGUUUCUUCAUUGGAGCAAUCACUUGGAGUAGUGGAGACUGGCGACCUUUGCCAGAUCCGCUCCAUAUUCCGGCGGGCAGUGGCAGCAUUGUCUCCACCUCACUGUACAAGUCCAGUUGCUGAAAAAACAUCAGGUUCUUUGCUGCAGCUGAAAUGGACGCUGCCAGAUCUUCAAUCACGGCUCCGAGAAGUAGUUUUGAGAUGUCUAGACCACCUAGAUCUAGCUGAUUGCAAGGUGGAGCCGGCCUUGCAGUUCCUCAAAGCGCUGGUUGCUCGGUUCCAGGAGCUUGACGCCCAGGAUGGAGAUAUCAAGAUUGGGUGCAAACAUCAUUGGCGAUUGCUGGAGGAAAAGUGUGGCCUUGCUAAUCAUAAGGCCACUCUGGCCUCUCAAGCUGGCAAUAGGAAAGAGGCAUUCAAGCGUUGUGAGCACGGCGCUAGACCCGACAAAUGCCGAAUAUGCCGUCCUUGCCCACAUGGCAAGGUCAAGAACUUUUGUGAGAAAUGCUUCCCGUGCCCCCAUGGCAAAGUCAAGUGGAACUGCGCCGAGUGCUAUGGCUGCAUUCAUGGACGAGGCAAGUAUCACUGUCGUGUGUGCAAUGCUUGCGUUCAUGGCCGGAACAAGUACAAAUGCAAAGUGUGCAGACUGGAGAAGGAGGAAAAAAGGACAAAAAAUGAUUUGUUUGUUGUGUCAUGUUCUGCAAACAACUGAGCCAAAGUCUGCGCCAACAAGGGCUUGCUUUAGAGGGAUGCGCAUUCAUGGAACAUGAUAGAUUGAAGCAACACCAUGUUUAUAAAUUGGUUUAUAUAUAAUAUUACAUCAUUACUGUAUAUAUCCAUAUUCUCACCCCCUAACCUUUUGCACCAAGUUUGUUUGACGGUGAUGCGUUGAGGUGACUGAAACGUGUUGGGAUAGACAUCCUUCAAUAUCCUCAAGCACGUCCUCUAACAUUCUUCUAUCCCCAAUUAUCCUCAAGCAUCCUUCAAUUUGCCAUGCACUAUAAUGGGCCUUCACUCUUUCAACUGGCUUAAUUAUAGCUUUUGUUCGACGCUAAAUUGCAUUUGCAUUUGUGAUUCCUCCACCGGUAGGUGGACGUGCUAUAAAGGCGGCGCAACCGGGCGGCCCCCGGUCUGUCAGCAACAGGUUUGGUGGCUUGAAGUUCAAGCUUUCCAACUUCUUUUUAAUCACAAUGCAAGUCCCGAAUCCGCGAACUUCAGAAUCCGUUUGCACACUCCCUGUUCAUUGACCAAGUUUGAUUCCAGUUGAUUUAUGCGCUGAU